AUGACAAGUCAAGAUCUAACGCAGCAACAACAAGGAUUUUUUGAAAGAUGUGAAGAAUGUUAUAAUUUGAUACAAGAUUUUUUAAAUGAUAAUUUACCUUCAGGUUUAGUGCCGAAAAGGCAUAAGGGUUAUAAAUAUGAUGCAGAUUUAAGAUCUUCUGUUAAAAGUAAAAUUAUAGCAAGUAUGGAAAGACUAGAGAAAUCUAUAGAUCUACAUGGAUUGAAGGAAAUAGCUAUAUCAUAUAAUGGAGGUAAAGACUGUCUCGUACUAUUGAUCUUAUUAAUGGCAACAAUUUACAGAAAAUAUAUUACUAUACAUGAAACAAAUUUCUAUUCAAACAAGAUAAUACCACAAGAUUAUAAAUUAGAUUCAAUAUAUAUAAAUUCAGAAACUCCAUUUCCAGAAUUGAAAAACUUUAUACAAAAAUCAACACAAUAUUAUCACUUAAAUGCAAUAUCAAUAAAAGAUUCCUUGAAAAACGGGUUUAAUUAUUACCUAAAGGAUAUAAAUCCAAAUAUAAAAUCAGUAAUUGUAGGAAUAAGAUAUACUGAUCCAUUUGGUGAAAAUUUGAAAACUGAACAAUUAACUGAUCAUAAUUGGCCUAAAUUUUUGAGAAUUCAUCCUAUUUUGGAUUGGAGAUAUGUUGAAAUCUGGGAUUUCUUAGUAGGGACUAACGUUGAAUAUUGUAAAUUAUAUGAUGAAGGAUAUACUAGUUUAGGUGGAGUUGAUAAUACUUUUCAAAAUCCUGAAUUAUUAAUCACAAAUAAAAAUUGUAAAGAUGGGGAAAAUUGUAAUGAUGAAAAUGAAAAGAAAGAAUAUUUACCUGCUUAUAUGUUGAGAAAUAAUGCUGAUGCUUUAGAAAGGUUAGGACGUAUUAAAAAAACUACUACUUAA